AACAAAGAAGGAGCCACACACAUGGAGGUAGAGGACACGGCUAGUCGAGUGUCUGUUGGGUUCCCUCUGAGCUUGGGCCUUCUCUUCGCCUUGUUGCUGUUGCUGUGUGGACUUCUUUGUUGUUGUUUACAGUGGGACAAGUUUCGAGCUUUGCUUCCAUGUUCUGGGUUUCUCAACGCUGUGCUCGGAUCAGAUUCAGCUUAUUAUUAUCAUCCUCCCCACAAGCCGGAGCUUCCCUAUGUGGUGACGAAACAAGAGGUGGUCCAGAGCUUGCCGGUGUUGAUGCCAGGAGAUGAGGUCCCAAAAUUCAUAGCCUUGGCCUGUCCAUGUCAACCUCCUAAGGAAGAAAAGAUCACAAUUCAAGUGCAAAAGGGCGCCUGAAUGCUUGAGAUUUUUCCAUUAUUCUUCGAGUUUGAGGAUUAUGCUUCUGGGUUUCAUUAGUUGUCACGACGUAGGCUUGCUCAAAACAAAUGAAGGUAGCUAUAUUAGGAUCUCACCAGAAAGCUCAGAACCAUAAUCUGGCCAAACAAACGCAAACAGCUCUUCCAGACUCUAAUAGUUGUGUACGGAGCUGAGCAAAAUCUACGGGAUCGCAGCAAUGAAGCACGAGAAUUGAAGAUCAGGAGUCGAAAUUUUUUGUUUUUCUUUAAUUUAUGUCCAAUUUGUUAUUUUAAUCUAAAUUAUUGUGAUAUCAUCUAGUGCUUUGCAUAUGAUGGUGCCCCAGUGUAACUUUUGGCAUCUGCUUUUCUUUUGCUUUAUAUCAUCGGUUCUAGGAUUGCACAGCACACUUUUAGUUCUUCGUAUUCGACAUUUUGGCCCUGUGAACUCCAAGUCACUAUUGAUCGAGGCCAGUCUAACUGUUGUUAUAUUCCAGAUUUCAAACAUCAGUAAGAACCAAAUUAUAAUC